GCGUAGCGUCAUCAACCAACUGAAAAAGAAAGAGAGAGCAGAAAGCUAGGUAAAAUUACACAUGCAGCUAUAAAACUUAUAACUUAAAAACUCAACCUUUUCAUGAGCCAAAAACAAGGUGACAGAUGGAUGUUUCUACGUUUUCAAGUUGCUGCUGAAAGAGGGCAAGAAUACUGGUUUGUAGAGUAUAAGAAGAAGUAAAUCCUACUCCAUUAAUGCUGCAGACAGAGAGCCCUGAUCUUCGAGAAAGAACACCAUGUGGGAAAACUUUAAUGCCAUAAAUUGAGUCAAAUAAGUUGAGUGAUCAUCUUGGGACUUCAAAGCUUCUGCCUUUUCCCUGUCUCUGCCCUGCUUCUGCUGCGUGGAACUCUCUCAAAUGCUUGAGGAAUCGUUUGUCUUUUAGCUUAUUUCAGACAUUUGAUUUCUUCAUGGGCAUUGCUAAGAAAAGGGAAUUUUUCAUGGGGUGUUGUAGAUCAUUUCUGCUAUUCUGUUUUGCAAGUAGUUUCUUUUUUCUGGGUACUCAUCAACUCCAGUCGUCUCAGACCCAAGUGCUUAUGCAGCUAAGGAAGCAUUUAGAGUACCCAAGGCAACUGGAAAUUUGGAAUGAUCACACCAUAGAUUUUUGCUCCAUUUCUUCACUUUCACAAGUACACAUGACAUGCUUGGACAAUCUUGUCACUGAGCUCAGAGUUCUGGGUGAUAAGCCAGCAAAAGUUAGUGACUUUAAUGGCUUUUCAAUUCCAAACCAAACUUUAUCAGAGGCCUUCUCUUUGGAUUCUUUUGUGACUACUUUGGCAAGGCUAAACAGUUUGAAAGUCCUCAGUCUUGUGUCUUUGGGCAUCUGGGGUCAACUUCCAGAUAAAAUUCAUAGGUUGUCUUCCCUUCAAUAUCUGGACUUGAGUUCAAACUACCUCUUUGGCUCAAUUCCACCCAAGGUUUCUGCAAUGGUGAAGCUUCAAACUCUUAAAUUUGAUGACAAUUUCUUAAAUGAAACUAUGCCCAAUUGGUUUGAUUCACUCUCCAAUAUUACAACUCUAAGCUUGAGGAACAACCAGUUGAAGGGUUCAUUACCAGAUCUUAGUAGCUCAAGCAGCUUACAUGUGCUGGAUUUGAGUGGGAACAAAUUGAAUUCUAAGCUACCCUCAAUGCCAAAAGGGUUGGUCAUGCUUUUGCUCAGCAACAAUUCCUUCUCUGGUGAUAUUCCUAAGGAAUAUUGCACACUAAGUGGACUUCAACACCUUGAUAUGUCACACAAUGCAAUCAGAGGCACACCUCUUGCUGCAAUAUUCUCUUUGCCCAAUAUGAGUUACUUGAACUUGGCUUCAAAUUUGUUGAGUGGUUCACUUCCAGGCCACCUAAUCUGUGGAAGCAAACUUGAUUACAUUGAUAUAUCAAAUAAUAGUUUGACAGGUGAGUUGCCCUUUUGUUUGAGAACUGAAUCAGAAAAGAGAGUUGUUAAGUUUGGUGGGAAUUGCUUAUCCAUUGGUAUGCAGCAUCAGCAUGAACUAUCAUAUUGCAAGGAAGUGAGCCCAAAGGAAAAACAAUCUGGAGGAAAAGAUGUAGGGAUCUUGGUGGGUGUGAUUCUAGGAUUAGUUGUGCUUACAGUGCUUUUGGUUUUAAGCUUUAUCAUUUUCUGUAGAAGAUAUUGCCCUCGGGGGAUAUCGGAGCAGCAUUUACUGCAUAAAUCAGUGGAAGAUAAUUCAGCAGUAGGGCUCUCCUCUGAGAUUCUAGCAAAUGCAAGGUAUAUUUCACAAGCUGCAAAAGUAGGUAUACAAGGUCUCCCAGUGUGCAGGACAUUUGCUUUAGAAGAGUUGAUGGAAGCCACCAACAACUUUGACAACUCUGUCUUUUUGGGUGAAGGUUCAUAUGGGAAGCUUUACAAAGGAAGACUAUACAAUGGGACUCUAGUUUCUAUAAGGUGCCUGCCAUUGUCAAAGAAGUACUCAAUUCGAAACGUUAAACUCCGGUUGGAUCUGCUUGCCAAGCUCCGUCACCAGCAUUUGGUAUGCCUUUUAGGCCACUGCCUCGAUGGUGGUGUACGCAAUGAUUACAGUCCAAACAAGGUCUAUCUUGUAUCUGAAUAUGUGCCAAAUGGGAACUUCCGUGCUCAUCUCUCUGGGAAUAGUCCUGGAAAGGUUCUCGACUGGUCAGAGAGAUUGGCAGUUCUAAUUAGUGUGGCCAAAGCUGUGCACUUCUUACAUACUGGAAUUAUUCCUGGUUUCUUCUGCAACCGAUUGAAGACGAACAAUAUCUUGCUAAAUGAGCAUGGCAUGGCAAAAUUGAGUGACUAUGGGUUGUCCAUUCUUGCAGAAGAAACUGAUAAAUCUAAGGCAAACGAUGGCCUUUCAUCAUGGCAAAUGACAAGUUUAGAGGAUGAUGCUUAUAGCUUUGGAUAUAUAUUACUUGAGGCUCUUGUUGGACCUUCCAAGUCUGAUAGAAGAGAGGCUUUCAUGCAAAAUGAUAUGGCAUCUCUUAAUAGCCUAGACGGCCGGAAGAAAAUAGUUGAACCAAUUGUUCUAGCUACUUGCUCACAAGAAUCCUUAUCGAUCGUGAUCUCUAUAACAAACAAAUGUAUUUGUCCAGAGUCAAGCCGUCCAUCUUUUGAGGACAUCCUUUGGAACUUACAGUAUGCAGUUCAAGUCCAGACCACGGCGGAUGGAGACCGAAGAUUUGACUCUGCAUCACAUCAAUAUUGAGUUGUAAAUUUGUUGCUACUCCAAAUCAUUGCCAUUUCAGUAUUGUAAUUUUCAAUUUAUAGCAUACUUCUGAGGCUAAAUAAACAAAGGAAUGUGCCUCAAUUUGGUAGUUUUUACUAGAUUUGUAGUUGGGAUGUGUAU